AGUCAUCUGAUUGUCAAAGUAUUUGUCAUCAGUUUGUUUUGGUAAUCUUAAUUUCACAAUCUUAAGUUUUAUUAAAAGGGUGGCUGCUAUAUUUAAUCGAACAUAAGUUUUAAUAUUCACCAUGAUGGACUUUUUCUUUGGUAAACAACCAACAGUUAAAGAACAACAAAGGCAAAAUGAUCGGGAACUGCGUAAAGCCACUCGAGAUCUGGAAAGAGACAAGGCAAAUUUGGAAAGAGAAGAAAAGAAACUUGAAAAUGAAAUAAAAAAGCUAGCAAAAGAAGGAAACAAUGAAGGUUGUAAAAUAUUGGCAAAACAACUGGUGCAGAUGAGAAAACAGAAAGCUAGGAUUUAUAAUGCUAAUAGUAAGAUUUCCAGUGUUCAAAUACAAAACAAGACAAUGGGUGCGAACAUAGCUAUUGCCGGGGCGAUGGGUACCACAGCUAAAACUAUGGACAGCAUGAAUAAGGUCAUGAACCCACAACAAAUUGCCAAGGAUAUGGAGGCAUUUAGACAUGCCAAUGCCAAGAUGGAUAUGACCGAUGAAAUGAUUUCAGAAACUCUCGACGACAUUAUGGACGAGUCUGGCGACGAAGAGGAAACUGAAGGAAUUGUCAACAAGGUUCUCGAUGAAAUUGGCAUUGAAAUCAGUGGAAAGAUGGCCGGCGCUCCUUCCGUGGCUCGAAACAAACUCGGAGAGUCUUCAAAGGACGCAGACAAAGAACUUAUGGAUCAGCUAGCGAAACUAAAGUCCUAGUUUUUAUAUUUAAUAAAUAUGAAUAUUGUUAAAUAAUGUUAAAAAUAUUGAAUGUAAAGCACUUGAAAUAUAAUCUCUUUUUAUGAAUUUAUUUUUCUUGUUUUGUAUUAUUAAUCAUGUCGUUUAAUUUAUCACAAAUAUUGUAUUGAAAGAUCAACAGUACUUACAAAAAUGAUUUAGUGUGUUUAAGAUAAAUGAAACAUUUUACUGGUCUAAAUUAGGUUAACAAUGUAAAGUUAUGGUAUUUUGAUAAACAACAGAGUAUUAAAGAUGUAAGAUAAAGCAACAUUUUAAUGAAUAGUCCUAUUAUUUCUUGGUUUAAAUGUAUUGCGCACAACACACCUAGAUUAAAAUGUUAAUUUUGCACGAAGCUGUAGCUAUGUAGACUUAUGUAGAUUAUAUUAUUUGCCCUAUAUUUGUAACUCCGUCUUCCUCUUUAUAUCUUGAUGAACAAUUAUAAACACAUUAUCUAUUUUCAUCCAAACUACCGAUAAAUAUGUAGGUAAUGCAAGUUAUGAGGUACAUAAUUGAAAUAAAAAACACUUAAAUACAUACAAAUACGUCCAAUUGCAUAUAACACGGCUGUUGAUAUUGAAUUAUUUGUUAAACUAACGUAAGUAUAAUGUGAAAAUAUAUGUCUGUGAUAUUUUUAUAUUAUACGGUACGACAGAA